AUGGCGAAGAAGGAGAAGCAACCGGCCGCCGCCAAGAACAAGGCCUCGGCCUCCAAGAUUGUGGAGGACCGCACCUUUGGCAUGAAGAACAAGAAGGGUGCCUCGGCGCAGAAGCAGAUUGCCCAGAUGACGAGCAACCUCAAGGGUAGCGGCUCCGCCGAGCAGAAGAAGAAGGAGGCCGAGAAGGCGCAGCGCGAGCGCGAGAAGAAGGCCGCCGAAGACGCCAAGAAAGAGGCCGCCCUUCUCCUCGGCCGUCCCGCGCAGAUCCAGAAGAUCCCGUUCGGCGUGGACCCCAAGACCGUCGUUUGCAUCUUCUGGAAGAAGGGCGACUGCGAAAAGGGCAAGAAGUGCAAGUUUGCGCACGACCUGUCAGUGGAGCGCAAGACGGAAAAGAAGAACCUUUACACAGACGAGCGAAAAGACGAGGACGAGAAGAAGAAGCAGGAGACGUCGGCGGACUGGGACGAGGAGAAGCUGCGGUCCGUCGUCUUGUCCAAGAAGGGCAACCAAAAGACGACCACAGACAAGGUGUGCAAGUUUUUUGUCUCUGCGAUCGAAGACGGCAAAUACGGCUGGUUUUGGAUUUGCCCCAAUGGCGGCGAUAAGUGCAUGUACAAGCAUGCUCUACCUCCAGGCUUCAUACUGAAGACGAAGGAGCAGAGGGCCGCUGAAAAGGCCCUUCUCGACAAGUCGCCGCUCAAGACACUCACCCUCGAAGACUUCCUCGAGUCCGAACGCCACAAACUCACCGGCACGCUCACACCCGUCACGCCCGAGACGUUUGCCAAGUGGAAGCAGAGCCGACUCGACAAGAAGGCCGCGGAGGAGCAGCUGCGCAAGGCUAAGGACAACACGGGCAGGGCCCUCUUCGAGAGCGGCAAGUGGACCGGCGAGGAUGAGUCCGAGGAUGAAGAAGAAGACGACAUGUUUAACCUGCACAAACUCCGCCGCGAGACCGAGGCGCUCCAGAGGCGCAGGGAAGAGGAGCGCCUGGCCGCCCAGCACGGCUUCGAGCUGCCGCCCGCCGCCGGCCAGGCCACCGAUGACGCGACGGACGGUGCCGGGGACGACGGUACGACAGACGCGGAGGGUGCGACGACGAACGGCGACGCCGCUGCCUCUGCGUCAUGA